AUGAGAGGGUAAGGUGCCUGCAGCAAGAUGGAUGUGGGCAGCAAGGAGGUCUUGAUUGAGAACCCGCCGGACUACUCGGCAGCUCCCCAGGGCCGUUUCGGCCUCCCCUGCUUCCCUUCGAGUCUCAAGCGCCUUCUCAUCAUAGUGGUGGUGAUAGUCCUUGUGGUUGUGGUGAUUGUAGGGGCCCUGCUAAUGGGUCUUCACAUGAGCCAGAAACACACUGAGAUGGUCCUAGAGAUGAGCCUUGGGGGCCCAGAAGCCCAGCAGCGCCUUGCCCUGCAGGAGCGUGCAGGCACCACUGCCACCUUCUCCAUUGGCUCCACUGGCAUCGUAGUGUAUGACUACCAGCGGCUCCUGAUUGCCUAUAAGCCAGCCCCGGGAACCUGUUGCUACAUCAUGAAGAUGGCUCCGGAGAACAUCCCAAGUCUCGAGGCUCUCACUAGAAAGUUCCAGAACUUCCAGGUCAAGCCUGCAGUGUCUACCUCUAAGCUGGGCCAGGAAGAGGGCCACGAUGCUGGCUCAGCAUCCCCUGGGGACCUGGACUUCCUGGGCACCACAGUGAGCACCCUAUGUGGCGAGGUGCCCCUCUACUAUAUCUAGGACUCCGCAGGACCUGUGGAAGCCCCAAGUGAAGAGGAAAGAGCCAUGCGCUAAGGCUCUUCUGCAGAGAGGCAGAAAGCUGCUCCUACCCACACCCCAGACACUGGAGCUGGAGAAAUGGGAGCUGUGGGGAGAGGUGGGAGCGGGCAGAGGAGAUGCGGCUCCUAGGGCCAAGGGGUUCCUAGCACGAAAGAAUAAAGCAGCCUGACUGAAAAACAAA